GCAGCCAUGUUGGGAACAUUAGAAGGGAACCAACACCACAACCAGAAAGACGGGAACAUCUAGGUUCGGCAGCGGCGUGUCUUAACACCUUAACACCACCACCAUGGCUGACCCGGAAAAACAGCCCGAACAACCAAAGGCUGGCCAGCAGAAGCUGAUCAUCGCUAACAAAGUGACCGGGACUGUAAAGUGGUUCAACGUGAAGAGUGGGUACGGAUUCAUCAACAGGAACGACACCAAGGAGGAUGUAUUUGUUCAUCAAUCAGCCAUCGUGAAGAACAACCCAAGGAAGGCUGUGCGCAGUGUCGGCGACGGUGAAGUGGUCGAAUUUGACGUGGUAAUAGGCGAGAAGGGUCAUGAAGCGGCCAACGUUACCGGUCCAUCCGGGGAAGCAGUAAAAGGUUCGCCUUAUGCUGCCGACAGGCGACGUGGGUAUCGCGGAGGUCAUUGGUACAUCAGUCAAAGACGUGGAAACACUCGACCUCAACGUAGACCUCGGGAAGGUCAAGACGGUUACGAAACCGGUGAGGGUAAGACCGGGGACGAAGCGAAUGUCGGCGAGGGAGGCGGACAGCAACGACGUUACAGGGUUCGACGACAAUACGAUGGCUACUAUCGUGGAUCGCGCCGUUCUGGUCCAUCGGGCCACGUGGUGGCGGUCGUGGACGCGGAGGACCCUCUCGUCGUUACUUCCGUCGUAAUUUCCGCGGGGGAAGAGGUGGCGGACCUCCGCGUCGUCCUCGUAGCCAGGACGGCCAAGUAAAAUCGGAGCAGAAGUCGGAUGCACCUAAAGAUAAGGAUGCACCUGUCGCUGUCCCUGCUCCACAGGAAAGUCAGCCGGUCCAGAACACCACCACCGAAAGCACCGCUUAACCAAGAGUAAUGGUACCACUACAACAAAAACACUCCUUUUAAUAUAUAACACCAACACCCGUUAUACACCGAAGCAACAGCAACGACAACAGCAACCGCAGCAGCAACAAUAUAACAUAACAAAUGAAAAAAGUUAAAAAAAAAGCGAAACAAAAAAAAGCAAGAAAUGGAAGGAAAUUGCGGAACAUCGCUCCACACUCUCCCCGGCAGAGAAAGAAGAAUAAGAAGCGUGUCCGAUAUGCUGCCGGAAUUAGUUGAUAGAAUACGCUGGGAAGCCUCGUCGCGAAGAAGAAACACGAUCCACGACAUGUAUCGACUACGAGCGAGCAAACUCUCGAGUUGGACUUACCGCCGUACGACCACCGUUUUUCAUUAUAUUUCUGUGAAAAUUUACAGAUUUUCGAUUGUGUAAAUCUCGUCACUCGUCGAAAUUCGAAAGAUUGUAAGAAAAAGCGAUCGGAAGAGACGCGGGAAAGAAACGUAGCCGAUGAAUGACGGUUUUAUUCCGCGAACUGGGACGAAACGGCGGUAAGUCGUGUAUUUUGGAGUAUUUCGUCCGACGACGGCGGUGAAAAUGGCAAAGAAAAUGCGCGAUUGUAACGCAACGAAUUUCGUUCUGCGUCAAGUUACGAAAGUUAGGUAAUCUCGAUCGUGGAAGAAACAACGAAGAGAGAGAAGAGAAGAAACACGGUGAUGGGCUACACAAUACGAAUUCGAAUAGGCGAAAGUGGUAUUUUUGUUCUUGUUUUUGCGUAUUUAUUGUUUCAUACGUUUUAAUUUUUCUUCAACGAAACGCAUUCGAUCGUUUUACGCAUAUAUAUAUGUCUUUGAGUUUAACGCGAUGCUCGCAGAGUUUUUCUCUUGUCCGUGUACAUGUAAUCGGUAAAUGCGCGCGCGCGCCCCUGAAAUCAUAGGAAUACGUUACUACGCGCGCUUACCUGUCAUUGUGCCAGCCAGCUUAAUCGUUUCAGUUUCUCUCGAAAUUACUCCGUUCUUUUUUUUCCCCCCUCCCCCUUCAUUGAAACGCAAUGUUCGAUUCGUUUCGAAAACCAGUCGUCCGUCGUGUCGCUUUUGUCUCUUCGGUCCUCGUUGGUUCGUGGCUUAUAUAUGCUUUGCAAAAUCGCAACGAGAAGAUUCGUUCGAUGAUCAGCGACUAAACGCAAUUAUAAAUCUCAUAGAAUUUUCUGUCCGAUCGCGUAAUUUAGCGACGCGAAACAAAUUGGCGCGGUACCUUUUACGAUCGCUCGUAUCAAAUGACGCGAUCGAUGCCCCAGGAGGGCACGAAACGUAUUAUCCGACGAUAAGCAACGAGAUGUCACGCGUAAGGCGUUAACCGAGAAUCCGAUCAAUUUUUGCCGUAAUUUUCGGUGUAACGAGUCGAUAACGUUCGAUCAUGGUGGAAGAACUUUGCCGUCGUUGCUCGAACGUAUCGAUCCUCGGAGAUGUCGGAAAUUUCCUCUCGAUUGACAAUGCAAACCUGCGGUUUGUCAGUGAGUAAAUGAGCGAGCGAGCGAGUGAAUGCGCGAACGAGUGAGAUAGAGCAAGAGAGAAAGAGAGAGAGAUAGAGUGAUAGAGAAAGAGAGAGAGGAAUAGAGAGAGAGAGAGAGAGAGAGAGAAUAAGAGAGGACGAAAGAUUUAUACACUUUUGCAUGAAAACGGAACAAUUUUUUAAAUUUUAGUUUGUAGUUCUAUCGUCGGAAAAUAAAAUGUACAAUUUUCUUUCCAAACGCUUCGAAGUUGAGCGCGCAAAUUCGUUGCAUCAGAUUUUAUUUCAUUUCAUGCGAACAAGAUAUCUUUUAGUUUUUUUGUCUCUGUCUCAAUCUGUGUCUGUGUCGUCAUCGCAAUCUUUUUUAUGGUCGCUAUCGUCCUAUCGUAAGGCUAUUUUGCGAUCUUCGUUAAAACGGCUUGUGCGUUAGUCACCUCGAGUGCUUUUUGCAAUAGAGCCUGGAACGGUGAAACACGAUCGGGAGAAAAGAGCGACGAGGUGAAGACAGAGUGGAGAGUGUGUGUGCGUGCAUGCGUACAAAUAUAGCGUAAAAUGAGGAAUAACAACUGCUGAUCUUCGUGUUCCUCCGCGGUCGAUCGAAAUGAAAGCGGGAACAGGGAAGAUGGUAGCGCGUCGGUUCGUCGUCGAUUCGUCGUCGAAUGCGCGCUGCUUGACGUUUCGCGUUUUUUUGUACGCGAUCCAUACAGAAGGAUGUGUUGCCGCGGGACGCGAGCUAGCGACGAGGAAGAGGAGACGAAGAGCGUGAAAGAAAAUAAGGUAAACGACUCCUGGACGCAGAACGUUGUAAUUGUAUGCGGAAAAAAGAACGAUGCAUGUGUUGGAAGUGAAUAUCGGAAUUAAAAAAGAAAUAGAAGCAAAGAG